AUGCCUACCCGAGAGAAGCCCGUCGCCCCCAGGGCCAGUCUCUUGGGACUACCUUUUGAGCUGCGUGAGCAGAUCUACCACGAAUACUUUACCGUCGACGGCGGCUACGUUUACGAUGGAGACUCCUGUAAACUCGUACAGGCCAGCAAUCAACCGAUUGAGCUAUCGCUACGGUACGCUUGCCGCGCAAUCGCACACGAAACUGGGCAGCACCCGUUCACUCUUAACGCGAUUACAUUCUCGACUCUUCACAGGCAGGACUGGAGAAAGCAAACCCACUGGGCUGACUACAUUAUGGUUCAUCACACCUCGUUCCAAGACGCCAUGCUUACUCAGCUGAAACGACGUAUUACACCCGAAAAAAACAUAGCCGAGGCUGCAGCACUCGCUGACCGGGCCCCGGAUGUUCCAUGGGACCAUUACAUAGUCAAUUCCCUUCGAAAGUUGAGGUCUCAGCCAACUACCGGCUGGAAUGAUAGCUGGAGAUGGUGCGGCUCCACGGACAUAAGGCUAAGUAGCUCAGAUAAGACUAUUUUCUUUAAACAUGCGGCUGACCACUUUCUACCACGGGUGGCAGAGAAGGACCCUCUUGAGUUUUCGCAAGCUAUUGGGGAGAUUCUACCUGGCUGGGCAGAUUCGCAUUCUGUCUUGGAGUUCUUCAACCUGACCUUCGAUCCAUGGGCAAUACCGUCCGUGGAUGAAGUCAAAGACAAGUUGGAAGAGCUACAGUUAAGCUCUUUAUGGGAAACGCCAGACAGUUGGCAUCAACUGGAGGAGAAACUACCUGGGUACACUGGUCCCGAGUACCGAUACCAGCAGAAGAUUCGACUCUCUGCUGCCGCUGUUGCCAUCAAUUUCCUGGGUCAGAUCUCUCGGCAACAGAGACUCUAUGCAUCAAAACUCGUUUUAAAUGAGGAUAGGAAUGCUAUCAGCAGUCCCGAGUGCCACGUGCUUGGUUUAAUCCCAUUCUUCCGAGAGAAUUCAAAGCUGAUAGUUGAACACCGGCUUAACCUAUGGCGAAACAUCCUCCCCACAAGCGUCCGCCAGGGGUGCUUCGAAAUCGCACUAGAUAACCAAGGUCUUGACCUUCAGGAAUGUGAUAACAUUCCUCAAACACACCAAGCCCGGUCUUGUGAAAUCGCCCGAGCUGUCACCAACAUCAUCAUGCAUAUCUCGAAAGCCUUGACGAAAGGCCUGCCUUCAAGAUCUUACUCUCUCACAAUUGAGGGCGAUCCUGAUUUAAACCACUCCACUGAAUUCUUUUCCACAAUCAUGAAGCCUUUUAUCGCCUGGCUGACGGCCAAUACAGCGUGCGUCGCCCAAGGUAUUCUUUUGCCACCGGAACAUUGCAACUAUCCAUUUGAUACCAGAAGCUCAGGUAAAGAGAUGUCAGUUUUGAGGUCGAACUUCACUCUUGACCAGCCCUGGAAUUACAAGGAGAUCCUCGAAGAUAACAAAGACGACAUCAUUGGCAUGUCAUUGGAGUUGCUCAUGACUGGCUUCGAAUUUGAACCUAGGAUCGUUGACGUCUCCAAUGAUAUAAUCGACUGGAUGGAGAUCAAGAGAGAAAAUUUCCUUAGAGAAGAGAUAAAAAAGGAUGCCGACGGAGAGACAGCUGCUUAG